AUGUAUCUCCUACGCUCAACACCAAUUAUGAUUGUUGUAUUUAUGAUUUUUACAUUGACUCAAGGAAAACCAACACAUGUAUUAUCAUCAACUAAUAUCAAAGAUAAUAUUAAACAUUUACUCAGUUUAACUGGAAUUGAAAAUGAAUAUGCUCGAUUUUUAUCAUUUUUAAAAAUUUAUCCACCAACCGAUAAUACUAAAAUAAGAGCAUUAUAUGAUGAAUUAUUUUCUACUAAUGCUUAUGUUUCUGAUCUUGUUCGAUUAUAUGCAAAAUAUUAUACAUUAGAUGAAAUUAUGGAACUUAUCGAUUUUUAUUCAAGUCCAUUGGGUAAAAAAUUACUUCAAGCUAAUCAUGAAUUAAAUCGACAAAUGGAAGAUAUAAUGUUAACGAAAAUUAGUGAUUAUAUUUUUACAUCUGCAGAACAUGGUUUCAAUAUUCCACUUGCUGAAUUUCAAUAA